AUGCAGCCAGUUGAGUGGAUAGAGGAGAGCAAAGGAAAAUCUGUUAGAGUUGUUUUAAGGACGGGAAAAGUGUAUACGGGAAAGUUUAUAAGCUAUGAUUCCAAUGUAAAUAUUCUUUUUGAAGAUUUACUGUGCUGGCACACCAAGGAAAAGAUGGGAACAACAAUACUUAAUGGCACCACAGUAGCAUAUAUGGAAAGAGUAGCAAAUUAGAUUUAGAUAUUUCAUUUUAUUUAUUCUACGUUUUUAAGAAUUGAUAGAUGAAGUAAUUUCAUUUGAAUAGAAAUUCAUCUGCCAUGGGUGCUCGUCUGCUUUCUUUGGUGCGUAUUUCAUAGACAAAGAAACUGGCGCAUUGUUACUUGGCAUGCUUGUUGAAGAUUCAUUGCAUUCAGAAGAAAUAGAUUCAUCUAAUACAAUUAUAUUGUUUAGUGUUACUUCUUUAAGAGAGCAGUGUCUUUCAUUACUUACCAGAGAAUCAAUAUAAAGUUUGCUUAGUGUGCUAGUGUAUUUGAAAUAUAUAGAGAUUUUUUCUGGGUGGUAAGCCUGUGUCUGAAAUACGAUAGUUUCUAAUACAUUCUGUAUUUUCUCUUGGCACAUAUCUGUAUUAAAUGUAACAAGAAGAUGCUCUAUUUGCGUGUCCUUUAUAAAUGGCAAGCUUUUGUGCAUGCUCUGGCCUAUGCAUUGCAUCUGGCUCGUAUCUGUGCCUGCGGUUGGUAGACUUGCCACGCGUAUUUGAAGAACAUUAUGAGACCUAGCCCUGCAG